CCAACCCGGGGCGGUACCAAUCCGGAAAUCUUGCGCGAGACAAGCCCGCCGUCAAUAAAACGGAUCGAAAUUUGGAGGAAGGUGAAGCGACUUGGGAUAUUGUACGCCAACGCGACGAUGAGCGCAACCGGACUGCGGGAACGCUAUUAGUUUUCUUUCCUGGAGUUUGGGGUGCCGCAAGCUAUUUGACCUGCAAAACAAAGAACCCGGGCAACUGCGACCGGGGAGAGUGCCACUUCGCCGAAAGUGCGAAUUUUAUGAUUCCUUUCCAGCAACCUGGACUCUCUUUGUCGGCGGCGGUUGCUAGUCGGGGGGACGGGACUACCUUCGAGGAGCCUUUUUAUGAAGAAAGACGGCUGAAAGCUCCAUUUGGCGUUUCGCUCGAGGAAUUACCGGAGGAGGUCCGCGUUCCACUUGAGCUCCAGGGAGCAUCUCGCCCUAAUGAGACGAUCUGCGACGAGGCCAAUGAAGCCAGCCGAGUUCUUACCAAAAGCCACGAAUUGUUAGUGAACAAUUCCAACAGCGGCGCUCGUGCGGGUGCUGCGCCAGAGGCCUGUAUAAUUCGGAACGAACAGUUUUU